AAACACAAUGCUCUUCUGAUCGUUUAUUUUGUCCUUGGUUUUCAGUUAAACAGUUGUAAAUCGCUCUGUAGGUGUGGCUAUAGAGAUGUCAGUCAAAAUAGCUCCUCCUCUUCCUUUGAUCCUUCUGCUCAUGCUUCCAGGGGUUUCUAGUGAUGUCGGUUGGGUUGUGAAUUACAGCUCUUCAAAGAUCUGCGCUCAAGAGGGCUCAUCUGUGAUAAUCCCCUGCACUUAUACAUACCCUCCUGGAUAUGAAAUCACCAAAGCAUUUUGGACCAAAAUAUCAACCCCAACAGGUAUAGAGCUUCCAGAUCUGUCUGAAGACUCUGAAUACAGUCAGAGGAUUCAGUAUCUGGGAGAUAAACAUCACAACUGCACCGUCAGACUGACUGAUGUGAAACAGACAGAUUCACACAAAUACUAUUUCAGAUUCAUCACUAAUAUAACAAGUGGAAAAUGGACAGGCACACCUGGAGUUACUCUUACAGUUACAGAUCUGCAGGUGGAGACACAGCAGAGAGUAAAAGAAGGAGACUCAGUGACUCUGACAUGUAAAAGCAGAUGCAGUCUGACUGACAGACCAACAUUCAUCUGGUUUAAAAACACACAGUCAUUAAGUGAGAGAUCAGACAGAAACAAUCAACUCAUCCUACAGUCAGUUACAAGAGAGGAUACAGGCAGAUAUAGCUGUGGUGUACAGGGACACAAACUCAUAUCAUCUGCUACGUAUCUAAAUGUCAUGUAUUCACCAAGGAAAGUUUUGGUGGGGAUAAGUCCAUCUGGUGAAAUAGUGGAAGGUGAUUCAGUGUCUCUGACCUGCAGCAGUGAUGCUAACCCACCUGUUUACCAGUACAGAUGGAUUAAGGGAAACUUAUUUGUAGGAUUUGGAAAGACCUACAUCAUCAAAAGUAUCAGAGCAGAUCACAGUGGAGAAUACAAGUGCAAGGUCUUCAAUGAAAUUGGAUGGAAAUACUCAAAAGCUGUGAUUUUAAACGUUAUGUACCCACCAAGGAAUGUCUCAUUGUUCAUCAAUGGAUCUGGUGAAAUAAUGGAGGGUGAUUCUGUGAAUCUGACCUGCAGCAGUGAAUCAAAUCCACCGGUUCAAAACUACACCUGGUUUAAGGAAAAUGAAACAUCAUCUGUUGGGUCUGGACAGAUUUUCACAGCUAUGGAGAAUGGAUGGUUCUACUGUGUGGCUGAGAAUAAACACGGAUUUCAGAGAUCAGCUCCAGUUGCAGUAAUACUUGGUGGAAAAGACAUACUUUUGUAUUUAAUUGCUGGGGGCAUAAGUGCAUUUGGAGGUUUAAUUUUUUUUUUCAUAAUUUUGUUCUUUAGUUGUGCACACAGGAAGAAAAAACAAAGAACUAAUAACAUCAGAGCAAUGCAGGACAAUGACACAGGAUAUGAAACCAGACUGGCGAAGAUGCACGAUGACCUUGGCAACAACGCAUGCACAAAUUUCAUCCCUGCAUGCAAUGUCUUUCAGGAGGAGGUUAUCUCUUCAUCUUCAGCAGAAGCUGACGACAGAUAUGACACAUACAGAAGUUAUGACACAGUACACGUGUCCUCUGAAGAUGUGUACUGUAUACCGGAUACACCUCCUGCUGACCACAGUGAUGGCAUAUACAUGAAUUUUGACGCGGGCAGGUCCUUUGCAUCUGAUCAUCUCAAAUCAAACGUCUUCUAUAAAGAGUGAAAGAUUUGAGGAAGGAUUUGUAACAUUUCAGUUUCUUAUUAGCGUCAGGCUCCGUUAUAUAUUUGAUAAUUUAGCAGUAGUUAGUGUGUAAAUGGGGCUACAACAGUUUUGUAAUAAUAAGCAUUAUCAUUUAUUCACAAACGCCUCUGAAGUUCAUACUGUGAAACUUACAUACAUUUGGGUUUUGUGUUGUCCCGGGAACUCCUGUAUAAUUCAACCAAUCAGAGGAAGGCUUUGAACAUGCUAAAGUGUUUCUGGUUAAGUGGUCCAUAUGCAUCAGGCAUUCAGCCAACAGUUCAUGUGUGAUGUCGGAGGGUGGUUACCAUGUUAGU